UAAUAAUAAUAAUAAUAAUAAUAAUAAUAAUAACUUGUGUCCAAUAUUUGCCUUUUACUUCACACUAUGUACACCACAUCACUUUUUCAAUUCUAUUUAUUUUAUCACAUAUCUCUUCACUUUCUUCUUCUUAAAUCCACAAAAAAAAUGAACAACUCCACCACCGCCUGCGCCGCCGUCAACCGCCGCAAAAUCCUCCAUCACCGCCGUCAUCAUCAAUCCUUGAUACCUGGACUUCCCGAUGAUGUUGCUCAAAUUUGCUUAAAUCAAGUACAUCCUUCUACACUUUUCUCCGUUUGUCAUUCAUGGCGUAAGCUUAUCUAUUCACCUUCUUUUCCUCCAUUUUUGUCUCUUUACGCUUUGUUAUUAUCUACAAAUCAAGUUGAAUUUGCUUGUUUCGAUCCAAUUUCAUCGAGAUGGCACCUUCUUCCUCCUCCGCCACCAGAUCCACCACUUCGCAUCCUCGUUAAACAUCCUUCGUUUAUCUCCAGAAACCUUCCGAUUCAAUCGGUAACCGUUUCCGGUAACUUAAUUCUCCUCGCUGCAACCGCCGAUCAGUUCCUGCCGGCGAUUUCUCGUCCGUUGAUUUUCAAUCCGACGGUGAAAAAAUGGACUCACGGUCCCCGUCUCAAUGCUCCCCGCCGGUGGUGCGCUGCAGGCGCGUUGGGUAAUUCGGUGUAUGUAGCGAGUGGAGUUGGGUCCCAUUAUAACCUGGACGUAGCUCGAUCAGUUAUAAAAUGGGACCUGGAUAACAGUAGUGGGCCCGAGUUUGAUAAUCGAGCCCACUACUCCGCUCGUUAUCGUAACGAGCGGAAAAUGAGAUGGAAAUGGGAGGAAAUGAGUGGAUUAAGAGAUGGGAAGUUUAGUAGAGAAGCAAUUGAAGCUAUUGGAUGGAAAGGUAAAUUAUGUAUGGUGAAUGUAAAAGGUGAUGCAGCUAAACAAGGGAUAAUUUAUAAUGUCGAAACGGACACGUGGCAUGAUAUGCCGGAAGGGAUGUUAUCGGGGUGGAGGGGUCCGGUGGCGGCGAUGGCGGAGGAGAUACUUUAUACGGUGGAUGAAUCAAAAGGAGUGUUGAGAAGAUAUGAUGAAGAGAGGGAUGUUUGGGUGGAAAUAUUGGAGUAUGAUAUGCUUAAAGGCGCGGAACAUGUGGUGGCGGACGGUGGUAGAGUUUGCGUGGUUGGUGGUGGUGGUGGUAGUGGGAUAGUGGUGGUCGAUGUGGCGGUGGAGACACCGAGGUUGGUUAUGGUUGAAACUCCGGUAGGGUUUCAAGUUUUGAAUAUACAUGUUUUGCCUAGGAUGAGCCAUUGAUAAUUUUUAGUAUAUACAUUACACAUACAUUCUGCAUAGCAAUUUUACUGAUACAUGUUUAUGACACAUUUAUGAAUUAUGUUUUCUAAGUAACAAUUUAUGUGAUACACGUUUAUGACGUAUUUAUUUUUCGCAUAA